GGUAUAUCGCAUUCAAUCUUAAAAGGUGUGGCAGCAUUGGUUUAAAAUUUAAUAUAAAUGUGAAAAAUAAAUAUAUAUUUAUAAUUAGAAUCAUAAUAAUAGUGUGUUAUCCACUGCCAACCAUGUCAAAGUCAAGCGCAGCUCGUUGGGUGAAGUUUUUCAACGCCGGGGGAAUUCCAUCGCCAGCUGCGGCAAGCUAUGCUCAUAUAUUUGUCGAGAAUCGCAUUCAGGAAGACAUGUUGCUCGAUUUGAACAAGGAAUAUCUGCGUGAGAUGGGCAUCACGCCAAUGGGCGAUAUUAUAGCCAUAUUGCGUCACUCAAAGCAAGUGAGCGAUCAGCAUACAGUAGACAAGAUGCUGAUAUCCGAGACACCUUUGCCCAAACCCAAGGCAAAGAGCAGUGUUACUAUAGCCCCAGCGCCACCCAGCAGUAAGUUAACAACAGCUUCAACGGGCACCACAACACCACCAACAAAGCCCGCUCGUCGUGUGCUACCCGAGCACGAGGGCAAAUAUAAGGUGACUCUACCGUCUGGCACCACAGAGCGCAGCAAGCAGAUUUUGGCCAAGCGGGAGAAGUUGUAUUCAGAUCGUGUAAGCAGCACGAAGAAGACAGAUGUCUUUGCGAGAUUGCACAAGACCAGUUGUGAUGAUGAUUCUCAGGAGGGCAUUGUGUCCAGUAGUGGCGAGAGCAAUGUACGUGUACACAUCACUGGCGUCCAUAAAUCUACCAACCCAAAAGUGACUGCCACUUCAAGCAAUAACUCGGUCUUUGCCCGUCUCGGUGGCAAGCAAUCUCUCGACACAGCGCAUCAAAAUACAGGUCUUGCCAAGGAAAUCAAAUCGAUUUUAAAGAACACUCAAAGCAAAACGAACAGUGGCGCCAAGCGGAACACGGCAAUAGUUAAGGCUAAAAACACAGUCUCGUCUGUUGCACGUCUGCCCCAACAGAAGGUGAUGCUGGUGCACAAGGUGCCAUUGAAACGUGGCGAUGAUAGCGACGAUAGCAUGGAUGAUGAGGGAGUCGAAGAAGUUGACAGUGAUAUGGAUAGCGAUGCAAGCUAUAGUGAGCAACAUGAUGUAGAUAUGCCCACUGAGAAAAUUGUGAAAUUUGCCUCCACUGCUGAAGUGCGAGAAAUAGCCCCACACGCGUCCUACAAGUCGCGUGGCAACAACAACUUUGCACGCAAUAUUAAGUCACGUUUAGGUCUUGUUUCAAAACUGCAUGCCACACGCAAAACCUACAAUCUUAAAGCCUCUCCACCCAAGAAGCCAGGAGCACGUCUCAGUCCUGUCAAGGGCAAAGCAAUACGCAUGCGCAGCGAUGAGUUACUCACACGUCAGGAUACGCUGCCAGUGCACAAGCGUCUGGGCAAUGCAUCAUCAGCAGUCACAUCAUUAUCGCCACCACAGCGAGUCCAGAAACGUGAUCAGAAGCCGCAAAGUGCAGCUCAACGCCGGCAUUCAAGCGUUAAUGCUGGACAGAGGCCACGAGUUCAGUCAAACUCUGUGUUCGAUCGUCUCGGAUUUAAUAACUCAAUGUAGACUAUAAGCCAAGUCGUAGUAAUUGUUUAAGAGUUCUAUAUAGUUCAGUUUAAAAGUAUGUGUUUGCAAUCAUUCAAUAUAAUGUAUCUCCAAAUUCAAUUGCCCCAAUUUAAAUGACUAUUUAUUUUUAAAUGUUUUUGAUUACUUUGAAUAUUGUCACUAAAUGACGAAAUUUCAAACCUGUAAUAGCAAUCCAAAUAAAAGGCGUUCACCUCGAUUAUAAAAUUCA